AGGAGAUGAGCAGAGACUGCAGACAGUACAGGAGAUGACCAGAGACUGCAGACAUAGUACAGGAGAUGAGCAGAGACUGCAGACAGUACAGGAGAUGACCAGAGACUGCAGACAUAGUAGAGGAGAUGACCAGAGACUGCAGACAUAGUACAGGAGAUGAGCAGAGACUGCAGACAGUACAGGAGAUGACCAGAGACUGCAGACAUAGUACAGGAGAUGAGCAGAGACUGCAGACAGUACAGGAGAUGACCAGAGACUGCAGACAUAGUAGAGGAGAUGCCCAGAGACUGCGGACGUACUACAGGAGAUGACCAGAGACUGCAGACAUAGUACAGGAGAUGACCAGAGACUGCAGACACAGUACAGGGGAUGACCAGAGACUGCGGACACAGUACAGGAGAUGACCAGAGACUGCAGGCAUAGUACAGGAGAUGACCAGAGACUGCGGACGUACUACAGG